ACGCUUCUCCUUCUUCUUCACCUCUUUCUCAAGUUUUCAUCAACCUUUUGUUUCUCUCAGAUUUCCCAAGAAAACUGUUUUUUGUCGUUAGAAUCCGUGAGAAACAGAGGAUAGGCUAUCAUGAGUUCCAUCUCUCUGCCCAUAACGCGACUUCAACUUCAUACAACACUCAGUCCAUGCCUUAUUCCCACUUCUUCAUCCUUUUCACUUCCUCCUCCUCUCUCUAAUCGUCGUCGCUCCACUUUUUCACCAUUCAUCAUCGCCUCUGCCGUAUUUGCAGCUCCUUCUGGUGUUAAUAACUCUGUUCCUGCUAAAAAUGGUGGUUACACAGUUGGUGACUUCAUGACAGGGAGACAAUAUCUACAUGUUGUUAAGCCCUCAACAUCUGUCGAUGAUGCAUUGGAACUUCUGGUAGAGAAGAAAGUCACAGGAUUGCCUGUAAUUGAUGAUGAUUGGAAUCUGGUUGGUGUUGUUUCUGAUUACGACUUGCUUGCACUUGACUCCAUUUCUGGGCGCAGCCAAGAUGAUACAAACAUGUUCCCUAACGUCGACAGUUCAUGGAAAACGUUUAACGAACUCCAGAAGCUGAUAAGUAAGACACAUGGACAAGUGGUUGGAGAUUUGAUGACUCCUUCUCCUCUUGUCGUCCGCGGUUCUACCAAUUUAGAAGAUGCUGCCAGGUUGCUACUGGAAACAAAGUUCCGAAGAUUACCAGUCGUGGAUUCAGAUGGAAAACUGAUUGGGAUCCUAACAAGAGGGAACGUUGUUAGGGCUGCACUGCAGAUCAAGCGGGAAACCGAGAACUCAAUAUAG